GAACAAGUCAUCACCCUGACAUUCUCCUCCUCUCGCGCUUCAUUGCCCAUCAUUCCACCCACCUAAGACACCGAGUAUAGAGGUCUCUAGUCCUCUUUAAAAACUACCUACCAUCCACACCCACCAUGAGCGGUGACACCCCCACGAAUGGCACCGGUAAGGCCUUGAACGUCCAGAAAUUGGACCUCGACGGCCACGACCUGCCUCCUUCGCCCGCGCCGUCGAGCCCGCGCAAUGGCCGCCGCUACAACUUCGCCACCGAGCUCGUGUACACCGAGACCAACGACCAGUACAGUGCGAGCAGCAUGCCAAUCUACCAGUCAGCCACCUUCAAAGGUGGUCCCGGCCAGGAGUACGACUACACGCGCAGCGGCAAUCCAACCCGCACCCACCUCGAGCGACAUAUGGCCAAGAUUAUGGGCGCCAACAGGGCACUGGUGGCGGGCUCGGGCAUGGGCGCGCUGGACGUCAUCACCAGGAUUUUGAAGCCCGGCGACGAGGUCGUGACUGGUGACGAUCUGUACGGCGGCACAAACCGACUACUGACGUUCUUGAAAGAGCACGGCGGAGUCACGGUCAAGCAUGUGGACACCACAACGCUGGACUCGGUCAAGUCGGCGCUCAGUGAGAAGACGACUAUGGUCCUGCUGGAGUCACCCACCAACCCACUGAUCAAGAUUUGCGACAUCAACGGCAUCGCCAGUGCUGCACAUGCGAUUAGCCCCAAGAUUGUGGUCGUCGUCGACAACACUAUGCUGUCGCCGUAUCUGCAGAAUCCACUGGACCUCGGCGCAGACGUCGUGUACGAGUCUGGCACCAAGUAUCUCUCCGGUCACCACGACGUAAUGGCAGGCGUCAUUGGAGUCAACGAUGUCGCUUUGGGCGACAAGUUCUACUUUAUGAUCAAUAGUACGGGCUGUGGUCUCGCGCCUUUCGACAGCUGGCUGCUGCUUCGAGGCGUGAAGACUCUUGCGAUUCGCAUGGACAAGCAGCAGGCCAAUACCCAGGCCAUUGCCGAGUUCCUCGAGAACCACGGAUUCAAGGUCCGAUAUCCCGGCCUGAAGUCUCACCCACAGUACAAGCUGCAUUGGAGCCAAGCACGAGGUGCCGGAGCGGUGCUGUCGUUCGAGACAGGCUCCAUUGCGCUUUCCGAACGUAUCGUGGAGUCCACUAAGCUGUUUGGCAUUAGCGUGUCCUUUGGCUGUGUCAACUCACUCAUCUCGAUGCCUUGCCGUAUGAGUCACGCGAGCAUUGAUCCCGCCACACGAAAAGAGCGCGCUCUUCCGGAAGACAUUAUCCGGUUAUGUAUCGGCAUCGAAGAUCUCGAGGACCUGCUCGACGACUUGAGUCAGGCUCUCGUCCGCGCUGGCGCAGUGAAGUUGACAGGCGCUGAAGGAUUUAGGGCGCUCACUGCUGAGGAGACGGCUGGUGCAAGUGGAAUGACCACGCAGGUUGUCGAUGAGCCAUGAUUUGGGACGUACUGCGGAGGCAUUGUUUUCUGCACCAUCCCAUUGGCCUUGUGAGACGGCCCUCUUGAGAGGGUCUUCUGAGAGGAUCAUUGUAACCAUCUUCCAAAAGCGAUCGACUACACUUCUUUUCCCUCCCUCCCUCCCAUCCUGAAGUCGAACAUGUUGCCCAACCACGUGACUUGUAUUAUCUAUUGGCCUUCUCCAGUAGACUGAUGCUACGUAUACUGACUUGAUUUCGGAGAUGCACACGGGACUUUCGAGGUUUCGGAGAGCUUUCGG